AAGUACAUGCUAGAUGAGCUUUCUCUUUCCCCGACUGUCUUUGUAAUUACCGUUCGCUACGUGUAUCUGAAACCCCACUGCGUAAUUUUUCUCAUCAAGAGAAUUUACUCUAAACGCGAUCUCUUCGCCGCAAAGCAGGAAAAAUAUGAUCCAUUUAGAUACGCUAUGUAUUAUUGUCGUCCUGUUACUUGCGUCACACCAAGGAUGUGCUUCAAACGAACUGAACGAUUUCGUGUUGGGAAAGAUUGUGUUGGCCCGCGUUCAAGAAUCCGGCGGAUUCUCCACCAGUAAGGAAGAGUUCAAGACCGACAAGUUUGGUGACGUUAUUAUAUAUGAGGGUGACAUACGAGGCCUCGACCAUGCUCGGAUUGAAGUUGUCGAGUCUGCGAUGACUGGCACCACGCACGACAUCAAGUUGAACCUCAUCGUCCCAUCGCUCACUCUCCGCGCUGAAAUUUCGACGGAAUACAUGGGACCCCAUCCUGAACCUCCGCAAGCCGUCUACCUGUCGCAAGACAACGCCACAUUCUACAUGGAACUGCGUGUGGAAAGUCAGUGGAUCUUGGUGAACACCUCCAAGUACAGCCCGGGAAGCCAAGGACCCCACCUCGUGGACUACGAACCCAAGUUCAGCUGGGAAGACACCUUUGAUUUUUACGCCUCCCAUUUGAUAGUUAAUCGCACGCGUGACAUCUUUACGGAGUUCCUGGAAAGUGACGCUGGGUAUGCCAUUGAAAAUAUGUUUUCAAUGAAACGGAUGCUUGACGUCGCUGUGUAUCUGGUUCAUAGAAUGCAAAACGAGCUACAAAAUGUAACACAGAUGUUCGAUAUCCAACUGGACAAUUUUGCAGCGAAGUCGCACGCACUGAAUAAUUUGAAAAUAUGAAAAUUGACACGAGGUGCAAAUAAACGAGAAUAUCUGGACUGA